UCGGAUAAGAAAUCAAAAGCUCCGUCGGCUUUGAACUGGAGUGGUGUAACACAGUAGCAGAAGCAUGGAGACACUUGCGUGCUCUGCUACCACUUCGCAGUCUCUGCCAGUGGUCGUCUUCAAACUCUCCAUCGUCAAUAGAAAUCCUAAUUCUACUCCUCAGGUCCUUCCAUGGAUAUCUCGGACCUCCAAGCUUGUAAAAGCUCAUCAUUGGAGUCCAUUACAAUGUUUACGAAGUAGUGUUUAUUGCAGCCCAAGUAAUCAUGACACAACUGAAAAUUCUGAGGCGUUACGGAAGUUCCAUAAAAGCUUAUUGUCUCAAUGUGGUCCAAUCUGUUUAGGUUAUGGCCAUCCUUUGAAGUCGAAUCGAUCUAUUGUCUGCCUACACAAAAUAGGAAAAUGGCACAAGAAGUUUAAACAUUAUGCUUCUGUUCUUUUUGUGCGGUUGGUCAUUGGGAUGCUUGUCACAACAAUUUCUAUAUCUAUUAGCAAGACUCCAUCUUGGGCCCUUACAGAAGAGAAUAUGCUUUUCUUGGAGGCAUGGCGAACAAUUGACCGGGCAUAUGUUGACAAAACUUUCAAUGGUCAAAGUUGGUUUAGGUAUCGAGAAAAUGCACUACGAAAUGAACCAAUGAACACAAGAGAGGAAACAUAUGCAGCAAUAAGGAAGAUGCUCGGUACACUGGGUGAUCCUUUCACUCGCUUCCUAGAGCCUGACAGAUUCAAGAGUUUGCGGUCUGGCACUCAAGGUUCUCUUACAGGUGUAGGGCUGUCCAUUGGCUACCCAACUAAAUUUGACGGGUCUACAGGACUAGUUGUAAUAUCAUCUUCUCCAGGAAGCCCUGCAAAUAGAGCUGGCAUUAUGUCUGGAGAUAUUAUUUUGGCGAUUGAUGAAACAAGUACAGAAACAAUGGGCUUAUAUGGCGCUGCAGAACGCUUGCAGGGUCCUGAAGGAAGUUCAGUGGAAUUGACUAUUCGCAGUGGACCUGACAUUAAACACUUGGCUUUGAUGCGGGAGAAGCUUUCAUUAAAUCCAGUCAAGUCAAGACUAUGUGAUGUUCCUGGUUUAGGGAAGGACACAUCAAGAAUUGGAUAUAUUAAACUAUCAUCAUUCAAUCAAAAUGCUUCCGCUGCUGUCAAGGAAGCAAUUGAAACUUUAAGGAGCAACAAUGUGAAUGCCUUUGUGUUGGACCUUCGAGAUAACAGUGGUGGUCUAUUUCCGGAAGGAAUUGAGAUUGCCAAGAUCUGGUUGGAGAAAGGUGUGAUUGUUUAUAUUUGUGAUAAUCGUGGUGUUCGAGAUAUUUAUGAGGCAGAUGGGAGCAAUGCAAUUGCAGCUUCAGAACCUCUAGCUGUGCUGGUGAACAAGGGAACUGCAAGUGCUAGUGAAAUAUUAGCUGGUGCAUUGAAAGACAAUAAGCGUGCAGUGCUAUUUGGAGAGCCAACAUUUGGGAAAGGGAAGAUCCAGUCAGUCUUUGAGCUAUCUGAUGGCUCUGGAUUGGCUGUUACUGUAGCUCGUUAUGAGACCCCUGCACAUAACGAUAUUGACAAGGUUGGUGUGAUUCCAGACCAUCCUCUACCUAGGUCAUUUCCUACAGAUGAAGAUGGAUUUUGUACCUGUCUCAAGGACCCUGCAUCUGCUUGCAACCUCAAUAAAGUCAAGCUAUUUUCGAGAUGACAGGGUCUGAUGUGAAUGUUAACAUUAUUUGUUCUACUAAUGUUGUUGCAAACCAGAAUUCUGGUUCCCAUUGGUUCUACAGUUUGGGUUUCAAUCUUUAGUAUUAUACUCAUUCAUGAAAAUUAAUUUGCCGAUUUGGAUAAUAUAAAUGGCGUUUCAUUGUUUUCGUUUGAA